UACGCUAAUUUUUUUCGACAGUUACAUUCUUCAUUUUCUCUUUAUUCGAAUAAUGUACGCGUGACAAGAAUAUUCUUAUCGUCUUACAAAAAGAAUUAUAAAAAAAAGCUUUUUCCCCUUCGUGGAUUUUUCUUUUUCCAUAAAACUUGCGCGCGCGUUUACGUAAGAAUUUAUCAAUUCUUUUUUCCCUUUUUUUUACUCUUGAUACUCGCGGUAUCUCGACUCUCUGUUCGAUGGCGAACGAUAUGGAUUCUGCUCCUGUCAUACGUCAGUGGCAUCGCGCGUUUUUUCCCCUUGUGUUGGGUUCUGCCGCGUUGUAGCGUCGAGGAACGACAUUCUCCAUCAUCAGCGAUCGUCGUCGCGGAAGAAAAAGGAAGAGGAUUUAUUCUAUUCGAGGCCCCUCGUUGAUCCGCGCCGUGAUUCGUAAGCCAACUGCCAUCUCCGCCACCGUCGACGCCGACGCUGACGCUGACGCCGACGCCGACGCCGACGACGCCGACGCCGCUGCCACCGCCACGAAGAUCGUAGUACCGUCGCGUACCCUCGAGUAACCGAGUACCUCGAGUGCAGUCCAGUAUCCCCGAAUCCGCGAAUGCGAAGUUCGACCUGGACGUAUUUCGCCGGUCACCUCUCGUCACGAUGCUACCACUCGCGGUGAUCGCGCUCUUCCUCCUCGCUGGCACGAUGACCGCCGAGGUCUAUACCAACACGUUCCUGGUGAGGAUGCGACAACCAACGGAGAAGCACGUAGCCGAUCACGUAGCGCUGAGAAAUGGCUUCGUCAAUCUAGGACCGGUUUUGGGCAGUCAGACGGAGUAUCAUUUCGUACAUACAGCUUUACCUCAUGUACGAAGCAAACGAUCCGUGCCACACACGCGAAGAUUAAAGGUCGAUCCUUUGGUAGCGACGGCGACACAACUGGCUGGGUUCAAGAGAGUGAAAAGGGGUUACAAACCCUUGAGCGUGGACAAUCUUGUACCGUUGUACGAAAUUAAGAAUCCGACAAAUCCUGGAAGCAAGGAUCCGACGGAUCCUUUCUUUAAACACCAAUGGUACUUGAAGAAUGUCGGACAGAAUGGCGGUAAACCGAAGCUGGACUUAAACGUCGAGGCUGCGUGGGCUCAGGGUGUUACGGGGAAAAAUGUGACGACAGCUAUCAUGGACGACGGUGUCGAUUACAUGCAUCCGGAUCUCAAAUAUAAUUAUAAUGCUAAAGCUUCUUACGACUUCAGUAGUAACGAUCCUUUUCCGUAUCCGAGAUACACUGACGAUUGGUUUAACAGCCACGGUACAAGAUGCGCCGGGGAAGUCGCGGCUGCACGUGAUAAUGGAGUUUGCGGCGUCGGGGUGGCGUACGAUUCCAUGAUCGCCGGGAUCCGGAUGUUGGAUCAACCCUACAUGACCGAUCUGAUCGAGGCGAACAGUAUGGGCCAUGAGCCCGAUCUCAUAGAUAUCUACAGCGCCUCCUGGGGACCUACGGACGACGGAAAGACGGUGGAUGGACCGCGAAACGCGACCAUGAGGGCCAUUGUACGCGGCGUUAAUGAGGGCAGAAACGGUCUGGGUAACAUUUAUGUCUGGGCUUCCGGGGACGGCGGAGAAGAGGAUGAUUGUAACUGUGAUGGAUACGCCGCCAGUAUGUGGACCAUCAGUAUCAACAGUGCCAUAAAUGACGGUCAGAAUGCCCACUACGACGAGAGUUGCUCUAGUACUUUAGCUUCUACCUUUAGCAAUGGUGCCAAGGAUCCUAACACAGGGGUGGCUACUACAGAUUUAUAUGGAAAAUGCACGACGACUCAUAGUGGGACAUCCGCCGCGGCACCGGAAGCCGCAGGGGUGUUCGCGCUUGCUCUCGAAGCAAACUCGCAAUUGACUUGGAGAGAUAUUCAACAUCUGACCGUCUUAACUUCGAAAAGGAAUUCUCUGUUUGACGCGAAGGACAGAUUUCAUUGGACAAUGAAUGGCGUUGGACUCGAGUUCAAUCAUCUUUUCGGAUAUGGCGUCUUGGAUGCAGGCGCUAUGGUGGCUCUGGCUAAAAAGUGGAAGACGGUACCGCCGAGAUAUCACUGCGAAGCUGGCUCUAUGUCGGAAACGCAGCAAGUCACGAGCGAUCGAUCCAUUCUAGUGAAGAUUAAGACCGAUGCGUGUGCCGGCACGGAGUACGCUGUAAAUUAUUUGGAACACGUACAAGCCGUCAUUACUGUAAAUGCAACUCGGCGUGGUGAUCUCGAAUUGUUUCUUACGUCUCCGAUGGGUACCAGAUCUAUGAUCUUGAGUCGCAGAGUGAACGAUGACGAUCAUAGGGAUGGAUUUACAAAGUGGCCAUUCAUGACAACGCACACGUGGGGCGAGUAUCCGCAGGGAACUUGGCUGCUGGAGGUGAGCUUCAACACGCAAAAGCCCCAACACGGAUGGCUGAAGGAAUGGACGUUGAUGCUUCACGGUACCAGAGAACCACCAUAUACGGGAUUAUCCGUGGCGGAUCCUCAUUCGAAAUUAGCGAUUGUCAAAAAGGCCCACGAGGAGCGAUUGAGCGCGAUCUAACGACACUUAUGACGGUCCAACGCGAUUAUCGUCGAUUCAGGCGACGAAACUGGGAAUAUUCUGAUCGAAAGAUGUUUACGCGACCGCUCCCCUUUCCGCUUUCCUGAUUUCGCGUCGCGCGGCUGAUAAAACAAAUAUAUUCCGACCCAGUUGCGCGACGAUCGCAUCACCCGUGCCAAUCUUCAUCAUCGUUCGUUAUUUUAAACAUACUAAUCAUCUAUUCGCAUUGGGAUCACUUGAAGCGAAGUAGAUUCACUCUUUACUGGAAUCGCGUUUGUCUAAUUACGGUGUCAACUAUAAUUACAUAUCAAGUUAUUUAUAGCAAAAUUUACAUCAUUAAGAAUGUAGACUUCUAUAUAUAAUCUUUUUUUUAAUAUUCCGCUACCGAGAAGAAAAUUAACUCUCAUAAGCAUUCGACGAUCCAAUUAAAAGAUAGUUUUUUUAUUUACAUCUUUUUGAAAAAUUCUGGGAGAAUGCGAGAUGUAAAAUUCCCCCUAAAAUUAGAUAAAGUUACGCAUUAUUUUAAUAAAAAUAUGUAUCUUUUAUGAUUUUUCAAACUCUUAUUGUUGUAUCUAAUCAAAUAUUAAGCAAAAAAUAUU